UCGGCCGUUGUUUAAUUGGCUCUGGCGAUAAUAAUAAUCCUGCGCAUAAUCCACAUGAGACUUUUCAUCGGGUUUAACAUGCUGGGUGGGGUCUAACCUGUAUACGCAGCGGAUGAUCCACAUCGAGGCGAAAGCAUUCGGGAUUGGUAUCCCUCACACAAGAGUUGAUUUCGUAUUUCUUCCCAACUACAAUUCUUUCUCUUUCUGUUUAACCACACCCCCAAACCCCGCGCAUUUAUACGAUGGACGCCUUAACUGCUGAUUACUUACACAAGGUCAUCGCCGAAAGACUCGAGGCCAACUUGGUGCAAGUGCAAGACAUGUCCGGUGGUUGUGGUCUGGCCUUUGCUGUCAUCAUCGUGUCUCCCAUCUUUCAGGGCAAGAACAAGUUGAUGAGACACCGCUUGGUUAACAAUGCCUUGAAACAGGAAAUGAAUUCCAUUCAUGCAUUCACCCAGAAGGUUUUUACCCCCGAAGAAUGGGAGUUGCAGAAGGUGAACUACGAGAACUAAGCCACUAGAUUGGCGUGGAAUAAACAAAUCGGAUCCUUUUGCGGAAUAAGAGAUAACCUGUUUCAGAACUGAAAGUGACCAGUCGGAGCCAUUGCCCUACUCGGAUUCGGUCUGGUUUCAGAAGCAAGACCAAGCACAAUUCCUGUGGUGCAACACCCUUGCAUCACUGGUUGUGAAUCCGCCAUCAAAACUUCCCGUACUGGGGCUAUGCUGUAUAUGUAUCAUUAAUUACCCUGCUUCUGUUACGUACCCCUUGUAUGUUUUUUU